UGGAGGCGCGGUGCUCCGGUCUGAGUGUCGCUCUGGAGACUUUAUAGUAGUACAUAUAUAUAUAUAUAUAAAAAAAAGGGGGGUCGCAGUGGCAGCGCAGUAUCAGGCCGCGCCGUUCAAAAGCGUAAGCUAUCUUGCUUUGCCGCCUGUUGUUGACCAGUUGUGCCCGUUUGCGAGACGCGUAGCGGCAGAACAGUGACUGGUAGUUGGAUUGGGCCUAACUGAUACGGCAGAGACUGAAGACUGCAGCACCAGCAGUGAGGACCAAGAAGAUAUGGACAAGGAAAGCAGAGGAGCACCUACAGGACUGCUUUGAAUCGGUGGACUGGACUGUAUUCAGGGAUUCAUCUUUGAACCUGGAUGAGAAUGCUGCAGUUGUUACCAACUUCAUUAGAACCUAUGUGGAUGAGUGUGUGCCCACAAAGACUUACUGUACAUUCCCAAACCAAAAGCCGUGGGGGAACCAGGAGAGGAUGGCUGUAAACUGGAUUGGAAGCCUUGUUUCUAUUAACUGUGGAGAGACACUUGGAGUAUAUCAGGGUAAAAUUUCCGCAGUGGAUCAAGCUAGUCAGACGAUUUCCCUUACUCAGCCAUUCCGUAAUGGUGUGAAAUGUUCAGUACCCGAGUUAACUUUUAGUGCAAUUGAUAUCAAAGAUCUGAAAAUAUUAGAGCUCCCGAAUUCACAGUUGGCUACAGCCUUAGCUCAACCUUCGGUGUUCACAUCCUCCAGUUUAUCUCAUAAUGCUUACUCAUCUCAGAAUGGAGCUGGCAAGGGAGUAAAGAAACUCAGUUCUUCAGGAUCUGCUCCACAAGCAAUUCCAAGGCGUGCAGAGCUCAAGGUUCAGGAUCUGGUAACGUCACCACAGCAGUAUUCUAAAAGCUAUGUGGAUCGUCACAUGGAUUCUGCACUUACUCCGUCUAAAGUGUUUCGUCGAAGGCAUAAUUCCUGGUCCUCAAGCAGCAAGCUUCCGAAUCAAGCAACACCAAAGAAAAAUGGAAUAAAGAAUGGACCAAUGAAAAAUAAAGAUGAUGAAUGUUUUGGGGAUGGAAUUGAAGUAAUCCUAGACACAGACUUUGAUUUUGAAGGCAACCUUGCACUCUUUGACAAAGCAGCAGUGUUUGAGGAGAUAGAUACUUUUGAAAGACGGAAUGGGGCACGCUCCAGAGGGACACCCAAUGAGAAGCCAACAAUAUAUCGCCAUGAUGAAAACAUCCUAGAAUCUGAGCCCAUUGUCUACAGACAAAUCACAGUGCCACAGCAUAGUGGUAGAGAAUAUUGCACUGAUUCAGGGUUGGUUGUUCCUAGUAUUUCUUAUGACUUGCACAAAAGGUUGCUGGCAACUGCAGAACGGCAUGGCCUAUCGUUGGAACGCAGAUUGGAAAUGAUUGGUGUAUGUGCCAGCCAGAUGACACUAACUCUUCUUGGUGGGCCGAACAGGUUAAAUCCCAAGAAUGUCCACCAAAGACCGACAGUCGCAUUGCUGUGUGGACCACAUGUAAAGGGAGCUCAAGGAAUCAGCUGCGGCCGCCAUCUUGCCAAUCAUGAAGUACAAAUUAUUUUAUUCUUGCCCAACUUUGUGAAGAUGCUGGAAUGUAUCACUACUGAACUUCAACUUUUUAGCAAGACUGAUGGCAAACAAGUGGCCAGUGUAAAAGACUUGCCAGAUACUCCCGUUGACUUGGUGAUCAAUUGCCUUGACUGCCAUGAGAACCCAUAUCUUCGCGAGCAACCAUGGUACAGAGCAGCCGUUGAAUGGGCCAACCAGAAUCGGGCCCCAGUGCUGAGUAUUGACCCGCCUGAUGGUGAAUUGGAACACGUUAUUGAUGCCAAGUGGUCUUUAGCUCUCGGCUUGCCCCUGCCUCUAGGGGAAAGUGCUGGCCGCCUGUAUCUCUGUGAUAUUGGAAUACCAAAGAAGGUUUUCCAGGAGAUGGGAAUCUCCUAUCAUUCACCUUUUGGCUGCAAGUUUGUCAUACCUUUGCACUCGGCAUAAUCAUGGCUCUGUGCAGAAGAAGAAGAACAUGCAGGCUGUAAAACGUUCUCACAACUGGCAGAGGGAAGUGCUUGGUGAAGAGUUUGAAGCCUUAAUGGAUGACUGACUUGGGUUUAAAUGAUCUUAAUGUUACAGUGAGUUAUUUUUUUUAAUGCAAGGAAAGCAGUGUCCUGUUGCAACUUGUGCAAUACCACAUUCCAUUGAGGGAUGGUUGUGCUCAAGGCGGUUAUUGCUUUGCAGUUUAACCAUGUCCGUAUGCAAGUUACUGUGUUUUUAUUGAGAAAACAGUGCAUAGUACUCUUCAUGGCAUUUCUAAGUUUAAGUAUUAGAAAGGACACCAACAGUGAGAUUGACUGUUGAACAACCCCACUACUUGUUACUUUCAUGUGGAGAAUUGCCAUUUUAAGCUUGAGCAGAUUUAAAAAUUGUUAGGUAUUCAUUAGGAAAGAUAAAUAAUGGCAUUUGCAGUUUUCUUUGCACCGUUCAGAUGUGGUAGAGGCUUAAAGUAAUUACUUAAAAUGCAGCUAAUUUUUUUUAGAUUCAUUUGGGACAAGGUAUCAAUUACAUGUUCUAUUGCUGUCUUUGGAAUGCACAAAUAGUGUUAUCUUGUGUAGUGCAGAUUAGGAAAUGGCUUCAGUGAAAUGGUUUUCAACAGUAGUUGCUGUUCCAAUCAUUCCCUGUCAUGGAUUGCCAUUUGGAAUGGAGCCUUGAAUAGUACCAACUCCAUUUCUCUAGUGGUUGCAUAUUAAACCUUUCAGCUAUGAAAUGGCUUUAAGCAUAGUAGGUCGUUAUAGUAAGAUGGAUCUGAAAAAGGAUUUUGAAUGUGAUCCAAGCUGCAAAAUAGUCCUGCGUCCCCCUAGGUUGACAGGUGUCAGUUUAAUGAUUGUACUACUUUUGAGGGAAGGAUAGGGCUCUGUCUUGUUUGCCAAGUUAAGUGUGCAGUGUUUGUGCACAAUUAUAAUGGAGGAAGAGAUAGCAGGAAAUUGGUUUGGUAGAUGCUGCGUAAUAAUUACAAGUAUUUUCAGUAUCAGGGUGUUUUAGUCUGAGAGCAAGCCAAAUUCCCAACAAAUGUGGCUGGUGGGAGGAAAGAGGACAAGCAAACAAAGGUGAGGCUGUUUCCAAUAUUAAGCUGAGCUAUAAAAUAUAGAAGACUCUAAAAUAGAGUUCAAAAUGUACACAAAACUAGAGCAAGCAGUAAAAACAAUUCUUCAAUGUGUCCCUAAAUCCAAUGAAAUAUUUCAAAUAACUUUAUUUUCUGGCUUGGUUAGAGUAGCAGAGAGAAAGGUGGUAUUAUAAAUGAAGACUUUAAAAGGUACACUAAAGUAGAUCAGGAGUUUUUGUUUCUACUCAAGCUGCAUGUGCCUAAAAGUAUCUCAAUGCGUCAUGCUACUUGCAUUCUAGCUACAUGGGAUUCCAAGUGUGUGUUCAUUAAGUGAAAAGGUAGAAAGUUUUGUUAUUUAUGCUAGCUAUCUGAAUUGCACACAAUUCAAUCACUGAAAGCAGUUUUUUGUGUGGAUCAGUUCUUUGUUUCUCACCCCUCACUAUGUCCUCCCAUCACAGGUUUUGCUUGGACGAUCAUAACCUAUUCUCUAUAAAUUUGGGAAAUAGAGGAAGAGAGCUAACUCCUGAGAAUAGUUUCUGAAUGAUUAUGUCAAAUAUCAAACAACAGUCAAACUCAGAAAUGCAACUUGAAUGGCAGAGCUAUCCAUGUCAUUACUUUUUUCUUCAGAGACAAAUAUAGUUUCAACAUUAAUACUGACAUGGUCCUUAAAGUGAGUGUUGAGGGUAUUUUGGUUUCCCCUCAAGUCAUAGGAGGCAAAAGUUUGCUAAUGUUGCAUGUAUUAAUAUUUCUAGAAACUGAUGAAGAUGUUCUGACUUUAACUUGCCAAACCGUUCAAAAGGUCUCUUUAAAUAAUUUCCUGUUGGGAUGCCUGUGUUUGCAUGAUAUAUCCCUUAUAUUAUUGAUCUAAAUCUGACGACAAUGUUGAUAAUUACUUUUCAUAGGUCAGAGGACCUUGGAUGUUCGUACAAAGUAAUAAUAUUUAGAACUGGGUUUACUAUUGAUGCAGAAGUAUUACUUGCAUGUUUCCUGUCUCCUGAAGGUACAGUGAUCAAAGGAUUGGAAGGGUUCAGCAAGCAGCAUAAAAUGAGCUGUCCCAAAUUAACUGUUUACCACUAUGAUUAUUAAGUUGAUAGUUACUUCUGAUGGAUAGGGUACCAUGGCAGGCAACAUUGGAGCUGAAAUAAUACAUGUCCUUAAUGUUAAGAUGUUUGGUUUCCAUCUUUGUUAAUAGAAUGUUAAGAUUUAGGAACUUGGUAUCAUUUUUAUCCUUAGGGGGCUAACACAGGUGUUGGCAUCUUUGCUCAUGUUGUGAAUACCAAGAUCACCACCAGUGGACAUGUCCCUUAUAACCAGAAGUGCAAUAUUCCAAUGUAGAACCUGGUUUAAUGUUUGAUAUUAAUUCAACUCCCCUUGGUCUUUUUUAUCCCAUUUAAGUCAAUACUACUGCAACAAUAUACCCCUUUCUAAGCCUCACGUUUACCAACUGUCCACAAUAAUCAAUUGCUGUUGAGAUAUAAUUGACCUUCGAGUACAAUAGUGAAUUUUUUUUAUUGGGUAUAUUAUAGGUUUUUCUGUAGCAGUAUUUAAUUGCUGCAUUUAAUAGGCUAAUACCUGUAUAACAUUCAAUUCGACAAAGGAACAAAUACAAAGGCUACUUCAACGAAUGUAACUGAUUUUGGGGUGGGGGGAGGAACAUUGACUUUUGAUACAUAAACUGGAAAAAAAAGCUGUGUAAAUCUGCUUGAAGGCCUUUCAGAAGCACUUUGGCAUUACACCUGUAGAACGUCAGGAUCAAACAUUGUCAACAGUGCUGAAUAUGUGCUUCCAGUGAAGCAAAUGCAUAAUUCCAUUGGGAUGGAGCUUUUGUGUGCAAGGACUUUGAUUUUGGAAGUAUAACUAGCAGUUAUCCUUAACAUUUAAGUCCUAUUUUUAAGAAAGUAUCACAUUGUUUGGCUUAAUUUUCUUUGUACAGAUUAUUUUGUACCAAUGCCUAUGUAAAUUUUCUGCGCCACAACUAUCAGAAAGCUGGUGUAGUAGUGGAGUGCCAAUUUAUUUUCAAAAAGAAGCCAGAUUCAUUGAUAGGCUGGCUGCUUCAAGAAUAACUCAAUGAUAUUAUUGCCUCAAUGUGCUCAGUUGCUUGUUCAGUGAUGAACCAUAUUUAAGUAUCCUGGUGCUUUUGGAAAAAUGUGAUGUUUUGUCAAAUAUUCCAGCAUAUACUUCAGAUAACACUCCAAUCUGUAGUUACGGCACCACUAUUUCCUUUGUUCUCUGCACCAGAAGGCUAUUAUACACUUGAGCACUGCGUACACUUGACCUGGGACAAAUUCUGACUUCUCAGCACUGUUGGAGGUCUUUAAUAAGUUCCAGAAGUACUGAUUCGGGAAAGGAGGAAGGACUUGGCCUUGAUUAGUCUUUACUCGUUUUUUUAAAAAAUAAAUAGCUAUGGGUAUAGAUCUUUUAUUUAAUGGCAGCACUGAUUUGAACAGGCAGGAGGUAGGUAAGUCCUAUCUUCCAUAAAAAAAUUUUUAACUGGUGUAUUCUGUCAACAUUGGUGGGAGGUGGUAGGCAACUUGAUUAUCUCUGUAGUUCACUAGCCUACCAUUGCACAGAUGAUCCAUGACAAAGUCCUUAUUACUCUGGAGUGUUCUAAAACUUCAACUAAAAUCUGCAGGAUGAUACCAGACAAUUGUAAACCUCCCAGGCAAUACAGGCAGAUCCGAUCAAUUUUGACUGCCUUUGCCAUUUAUUGUGGGAGAGCCUGAAGAAGAAAAAGACGAGCAUUACACAUCCAUCACCUUCCAGUUACCUUAUUUGCUUCAGCUGUUGUACAAAUACAGAUUUAGACCUGGGUUUUGCAGACGACAAAACAUCUGCAAGCUCUCAGGAAAAAUAAAUAAUAGCUUGAAGAAUGGCAGAAAUAAUUUGCCCAAGUUGGGAAGAGAAUUGAGGACGUAAAGGUGCUUGGAACUAAGUCACUAUCUUGCCUUCAAAAACCUGCAGACUUUUCAAGUGCAUGCAGUUUCAUGUCUUAAAAACUCUCUCAGCUUUGAGAGGGAAAGCUGCUAUCGAUGUUUUGUCCAGAGCAAAGUGAAAUCACUUUAAGCUCUUAACUGCAUGAAUGAAAGGAUCAAAGUUAGUGCUAACAAUACUGAACUGUUUCUUUGCGAAGUUUAACCUGGUUGCUACAGGUUAUGAAACUGUUCCUUCAGUAUUUCAGAACUAAGAUUUAAUGCUCCUUAGUUAUGUUUACAUGCAUUACAGCUGGUACACUGUACUGUCAAUAAUGUAUUUCUCAAAGGAGAAUGCCCACCUCCCUUCCUUCAUUAGACUAUUGUACAAGUUUAGUGGAAGCUCCCAUCCAUGCUUCGGGAGCAUGUUUUACUGCAGCAAUUUAAAUAUUGUAUAUUUCAAUAUUAAAUACUGCAGCAAUGUAUAAAUAUUGAGCUGUGAUGAGGGUGCAUGAACUGCCAGUGCUGCUUCACCCUUUCCCUCUUUUGUUUUGUAUUGCUGUGGUCACUGGCUGUUAAAACAUCUGUUUAUUAGAAGGCGAUUAUUUAACUGAGUGUUUUGCUGUCAUAUAAAGACAUUGAGUAAAUUUAGAUAAUAAGUGGAGCAGGUCAACAAGUUGGUUUAAAAUGUUGAAGUUAGCUAGCUUGUUGCAUCAGGCUCCAGUACAUACUGUACCUCUCCAUCACUUCAAUUUUAAAGGCUGGGCAUUUAACUCCAGAAUCAGAACUGAUGUCAUUCUUGGGCUGUAGUAGUCUAUUGCAGUUAUAAUGAUACUACUUCAUGAGUAAUUGUGACUCAGAUGUUUUGUGGAUUUGUUGCUUUUGAUGACUAACAUUUAAAAAAAAUGUGUUAAAUUGAGGAAAAAAAUGUCCAAAUAUGCUCUUGUUUUCUGGAAGAUAUGUGAUUUCUUUUUGACGUCACCAGAGAAGGUGCUCAAUAAAACUGGGAGUUUUCCAGUGGUUGGUCUCAUAUUCCUCUUGAUGUGCUGCUUGGUGUGGUUCCUGGUGCAGUGAGAAAUAAAAGCAAGGAAGUUAAAAUGCUCGAAAUAAAAAAUGAAUAGUCACUUAAUUGGAAUGUUGCAACAAAGUCCAAAGCUUACUAAAAAGCCAAUCAACUUCUCUUAAUUAUAUUUGUCAAGGAUCUCUCCUCAUCUUUGGAGGGAAGAAAACCCUUGGGUUUUCCUUUGAUUUAUGAAUGUGAUGAAACUGUAGGAACUCUCAGAGAGAGUUAACCAUUGUCCUCUUGACUAGCUUGAUUGGAGUUUUACAGCAAUUGCUGAUUUAGAAGUUUUUUUGGGGGGGGGAGGGAGGUAAACAGCUUCAGUAUUGCCUUACAUUCAGUGGCCAGUUUAUUAGAUACCUCCUGUACCUAAAGGGGCCACUGAAAGAGUGGUCUCCUGCUGUUGCCCAUCCACCUCAAGGUUCAACAUGAUGUGUAUUGAGAGAUGCCCUUCUGCACACCACUGCUGUAAUAUGUUAUUUAAGUUACUGUUGCCUUCCUGUCAACUUGAAUCAGUCUGGCCAUUCUUCUCUGACCUCUCUCAUAAUUAAGGCAUUUUCGCCCACAGAGCUCUAUCUCACUAGAUGUUUUCUGUAAACUCUAGAGAUUAUUGUGCAUGAAAAUUCCAGGAGAUCAGCAGUUUCUUAGGUACUUGGAUCACCUUGUUAGGCACCAACAAUCGUUCCAUAGUCAACGUCACUUAGAUAUCAUUUCUUCCUCAUUUUGAUAUUUGUUAUGAACAACUAAAGCUCUUGACGAUGUCUGCAUGCUUUUAAUGCAUUCACUUGCUGCCACAUGAUUUGCUGUUUAGAUACUUACAUUAACAAGCAGGUGUACGUAAUAGAGUGGCAUCUGAGCAUACUUCAAACAGAAUCAGAUUUAUUAUCACGGGCAUGUGUCGUAAAAUUUGUUAGUAGCAGCAGUUCAAUGCUAUACAUAAUAUAGAAGAAAAAAAUAAACAAUUACAAUAUACAUAUAAUGAAUAGAUUAAAAUCAUACAAAAACAGAUUUAAAAAGUGAGGUAGCGUUCAUGGGUUCAAUGUCCAUUUAGGAAUCAAAUGGCAGAGAGGAAGAAGCUGUUCCUGAAUUGCUGAGUGUGUGCCUUCAGGCUUCUGUACUUCCUCCCUGAUGGUAACAGUGAGAAAAAGGCAUUCCCUGGGUGCUGGGGGUCCUUAGUAAUAGAUGCUGCCUUUCUGAGACACCGCUCCUUGAAGAUGCCCUGUGUACUUUGAAGGUUAGUACCUAAGAUAAAGUUGACUAAAUUUAUGAUCCUCUUCGGCUUCUUUCAGUCCUGUGCAGUAGCCCCCCAACGGACAGUGAUGCAGCCUGUACCUGCUCUGCAUGGUACAUCUGUAGAAGCUUUGAGUGUUUCUGCUUGCCAAUUCUUGAAAUACAUGGCUGACUCUACCAAUUCAGUGGCCAUAAAAGAGUCAAACUUGUAUACCUUGAAAUGGGAUUCCAACCUUUCUCAAAUUAGUUUUACAGUUCUUUAGAUGCUAUUAAAAUAACAUAACUAUUGUGUAACCAUUCCUUGCCAAUUGUUCUGCAUGCACCUCCAUCUGACGCUGAAUGACUUUAUCAGUUUAAUUCUUCCAUUUUUAUCUUGCUUCGUAUUUUAAAAAAAACUUGGAAGGCAAGAAAGGGUGCAGAAAAGAUUCACAAGGAUAUUAAUGGGACCGGAGAGCUUGAGUUAUAAGGAGAGACUGGAUAGGCCACAACCUUUUUUCCUGGAUAGUAGGAAGCUGAGGGGUGACCUUAGAGUGGUAUUUAAAGUCAUGAGGGGCAUAAAUAAAGGUGGAUCAUCACAGUCCUUUUCCCAGGAAAAAGGGGAGUCUAAAACUAGAUGACAUGCAAUUAAGAUGAGAGGAGAAAGAUUUAAAUGGGAUCUGAGGGGUAGCUUUUACAUAUCGAGGGUAGUGAGUAUGUGGAAUGAGCUGCCAAAUGAAGUUGUAGUGGACUAUACAAAGUUUAAAAGAUUUGCAUAAGUACAUGAAUAAGGGAAUAUUUAGAGGAGAAUGGGCCCAAAGGCAAGCAAAUGAGACUAGAUCAGAUAGGCAACUUGGCUGGUGUGGAUGAGAUGGAUCAAAGUGCCUGGUUCUAUGCUGGGCACUGUGCUAAUCAAUUCAGUUGGUGCAUGUGUUAACUGAGUUCCACAUUCUCUUCACUGUCAGGGUUUAGAAAAAGAAUGCUCCCUUGUUUCUUUUGGAUUUAUUUGAGAAUAUUUUCUAAAAUUAUCUCUGCUUAGUUCUUCCUGAAGAAUGAGAAUGGUUCAUGGUACACAGCCUGUAAUUCAGUACAAAAGUUGUAAUUUGAUUUGGGUUGAGAGGACAAUAUUUAUGGCUUUCCUUGCUGUGUGCAGAUAACAAUAUUUUGGUUUGAAACGAUGAUCAAAACAUCCCUUCAGGUGCCAAAAACAUUUCAAUAUUUAUGACCAGUGAAUGUACAGACUCCAGGUAUUAAUCUCGGAAUGAUGGGUUUAGAUAAGUGCUAACUAUUAAAGUUAUAUAGUUCAGAAGCACAGGUCUGUUUGGGAAAGUGAAAAUAAUGUUAUAAAGAGUUCAUUUUGGGCUGGGAAGGGAUUGGGACGCAGCAGAGAGUGGCCAGUUUAGUUAUGAAGAGAGACUGAUUGAACUGUUUUAUUUGGAAGUCUUGCUGGGAGUGAUGGUCAUGGAAAUGAUCAGAUUUAAAAGGUACCACUUGGAGGUCACAAGGUUGUUGACUGAGCAUUUAUCAGAAUCAAGUUUAAUAUCAUUUACAAAUGUGAAAUUUGUUGCAGCAGCACCCUGUAAUGUAUUAAAAAUAUUAAUUAUGAAAAGAAAUAUUAAAAAUUAGAUUACAUUAAGUAGUGCAAAAAGGGAGCAAAGUAGUGAGGCAGUGCUCAUGGGUUGGUUUAUUGUUCAGAAAUCUUAUUGCAGAGAGGAAGAAGCUGUUCCUAAAAUGUUGUGUGUGUCUUCCGGACCUGCUCUCUGAUAGUAGUAAUAAAAAGAGGGCAUGUCCUUGGUGAUGAGUCUUUAAUGAUUGCCGUAUUUUUGAGGCUUUAGAAGGUUUCUUCAAUGCUGGGGAGGUUAGUGUCCAUGAUAGAGCUGGAUGAGUAUACUGUACAACCUUCUGCAACGUUUUGUGAUCCUGUGCAGUGUUCCCUCCAUACCAGGCGCUGAUGCAGCCAGUCAGAAUGCUCUCCAUGGUAAGCCAGCUGGCAUGCACACACAGGUUCCUUUGGUGCUCCUUUCUUCUAUAUUCAGCUAAAUUUCUUGAAUAUUCACUGUUCAACCAGCAGAUGGCAGUGGUUGCUUUUUAAUGUGAAGCUCAUUGGUCAAAUCACGGCUGUAAUGAUAGUGUAGCCACAAGUCUGCAGAUGCUGGAAAUUUGAACAACGCAAUAAGGUGCUGGAGGAAUUCAGAGGCUGGGCAGCUUCUGUGAAGAUAGAUGGACAAAUUCUACAGUUGUGUAGGAGGAAAAAGUUAGAUUGAUUGUAAUAGGUCAGUACAACAUUAUUGGUCAAAGGGCCUGUACAGUACUGUUCUAUGUUCUAACUUUCCAGAUGGAAGGCCAGUACCUGAAAUACUGAUUGACUACAGGCAGUCCCCAGGUUACAAACGAGUUCUGUUCCUGAAUCCGUCUUUAAGUCGGAUUUGUACGUAAGUCGGGAGAAGUACAUCUGGUAUUAUUUAGUGUCAGUCAAACGUUUGUCUUAGUAUAUAGUAUAUAUUUUACCUUUCUAUUCAUAUAAAACAAUUAAGAAAUGUAUGUUUUCCACUGUGUUGCUAAGUAAUAAUUGUAGCUUUCAUUGGGGCAGGGCCUUUCACAUGCUCCAUUAUUCUCACUUUAUCCGUUAUCCUUUAAAAUUGUUCUGAUUGUUGACCGACUGUAACCUAACUAUAUUCCAAUGACCGAUGGCGUUUCACCUCUUUCCAAAUGCUUAUUUAAUUUCAAUUUUUAUUUUCAAUCGUGAUCGCUUCCCAUCAAUGGAACAGAAACACUGCUGACAGUGGGACCCAGCACCACCAGUUCCCGAGGUCCGCUGGGUCCUAAGGACCACCGUACUGAGACAGACUAAAUGGGACAAGUGGGGGCUGUGCUGGAUUUGGGUAUUUGAUCCUCCACAAUAUUCUAUGUGGAAAUUUAAACUGGAGGUGGCAGUGUUUUUUUUAUGAGGUCAAGUUGCGAGCUCGAUGUCAACCCAACAUGGAUGGUAUGGGAGUCACUGGAUCGACAUCAACCUGACAUGGGAGCGACAUCAACCUGACAAUCUCACCGGAUUGAACUCGGGAACCUCCGUUCUCCAGCCCAGCGCUGAUCUCUGCGCCACCAGCCGACUGGAAUAGAGGCGGGCAGGGUCAGGGUGAAUCUUACUAAGAAAAUUUUAAGCCAAAUAUAAAGUUAAACACUCAACACAGUGUCAACAGCAUCAACUUAAAAUGGCGAAUGGUGUCGCGAUCUGAUGUAAAAUGGCGGAUGGCGUUUUCCUUCCUCGGUUUGUAACUACGAGUUGUCCAUAAGUCGGACGUUCGUAACUCAGGGAACACCUGUAUUUGCCUCCAGAGAUGCUGCCUGACCAAACUUCCUGCACCACCUUUGUUUGUUGCUGUAAAUAGUAGUGUGUUCUAGGUAACUAGUUCUUCUGUCCAUCUGAAAAAAGAAUAAUGACAAGAUUUGAUAUGACUGCAUCUCUACUUUAGUUCUGAGCCUGCCUUUUACCUCUAGACUUGGCCACCUUGCCUCAGUCCCCUCAAAAUUUGAUUCCAUCCAAAAUUCUACUGCCUGUGUUCAAAAGCACAUCAUCCAUCAUACAAGCUUUGUGAAUUUCAAGUUUCUACUAUUUGUGGCGUUCUUUUUCCUCUGACUUGUAUCCUGUCUUAUAAUUGUCCACGUUUCUGAUAGCUUCAUAUACACUUACUGGCUACUUUAUUACCUGCUUGUUUAUGCAAAUAUUUAAUCAGCCAAUCGUGUGGCAGUAACUAAGUGUAUAAAAGCAUACAGUCAUGGUCAAGAGGUUCAUUUGUUUUUCAGACCAAACAUUAACAAUGUGAUCAAAGUGAAUUUGACAGUGGAAUAAUUGUUGGUGCCAAACAGAGUGGUUUGAGCAUCUCAGGAACUGCUGAACCCCCUUGGAAUUUCACGCACAACAGUCUCUAGAGCGUACGGAGAAGUGUGCGAUAAACAAAAAGCAACCAGUUAGUUGCAGUUCUGUGGGCAAAAAUGCCUUGUUAAUGAGAGAGGUCAGAGGAAAAUGUCCAGACUGAUUCAAACUAACAGGAAGACGACGGUAACUCAAAUAACCUUGCGUUACAGCAGUUGUGUGCAGAAGAGCAUCAUUGAACAAACAACAUGUCCAACCUUGAAGUGGAUGGCCUAAGGUUACAUAAGAUCACAAACAUAGGCUGAGUGACCACUACAUUGGGUACAGGAGGAAUCUAAUAGAAUAGCCACCACUGAGUGUAUAAUUGCUGCCAAGAUGUGUCUUUAAAAAUCUCCAUCCAAAUCUUAAUUUAACAAUGAUCCAUAAAACGUAACGACAAAACUUUUGGUCACUUUACACACAAUGUGACUUAUAGUAUUUCUGGCAGGGGAUUAGGAAUGUAUUGCAGCAAAUAAUUCUGGUGUAUGACUCUGGAGCUUGUCAAAAUAAAAAACACCACUCAUUUGGUUGAGCAAUGGCCACUGUCAGCUGCUUUUUGAAAAUAAAGCCAGUUCUCUUAUUUGUGGAUGCAGCUGACAAAUGUGUGAAGGUCAUAGGACCUACCCAAAAUCCUGACCAGAGGUCUAGAGAUUGCAGUGAAUUUUGUAGAUGAUGUUCACUGCAGCCACUGCUCCUUGGUGAUCGUAGGCAGUGAAUUUUCGGAGGAGUGGGGUGGAUUGGGUUAACAGGUCAGCUGUUUUGUUUUAGAUGACUGCGAUAUGACAGCUGUUGUGAUAACCAGAAAUGUCACAAAGUUCACUCCCACAAACAGCAAUAUAUCAGAGUUCAAGAUAAUGAGUUGGCAUAAUUUUAAGGUGAUUGAUAUAGAGGGGAUGUCAGAGGUAAGUUUUUUUUUACACAGUGGUGGGUAUGUGGAAUGCACUGCCAAGGGUGGUGGUAGAGGCAGAUAUGUUGGGGAUAUUUAAGAAACUGUUUGAUAGGCAUGUGGAUAACAGAAAAAUGGAGGAUUUGUGAGAGGGAAAGGUUAGAUUAACCUUACAGUAGGUUAAAAGGUUGGCGCAGCAUUGUGGGCAAAAGAGCUGUGGGCACAAUGCUGUAAUUUUCUAUGUUCUAUAAUGACUGGAACAUGCUUCAGUGGUAUUGAUUGAAAUAUACCAAAAUAUUGGGGAAAACUUCCUGGUCGUCUUUGAAAUAAUGCUGAAGUAUAUUUUGCAUCUAUCUGUGCAGGUUUUAGUUUAACAUUUCAGGUAAAUGACCACAGAUCUGAUAGUGCAGAAUCUAUCAGUAUCACAGUGAAGUUUUGCUGUAGAUUUUGUGCCCAUGUCUUCUCAAUUGGAUAUCAACCCUUAGAGUCACAAAUAAUGUGCUAUUCUUGAUUUCAUGAUGUUCAACAAAUAAACUUGAAUAAUUUUUUUUAA